AUGGAAAUAAAUAAAAAUAAAUUUCAAUUGGUAAAGAAAAAUACUUCAUUUCCAGCUAAAUGUUGUAUUUGUGGAUAUAUUGCUAGCGGUUUUAUUUAUUAUAAUGUUAUGUGUUGUGAUGGUUGUAAACAUUUUUUUCGACGUUCUCUUAAUGCGGAAGAAUUGUUCAAAUGUAAAUUUGAUGGGAAUUGUGAUGUUAUGAGAGGUAUGGAAUUUAUGAAAAUUUGCGGAUUUAAUGACUUAAGUUUAAUUAAAUUAAUUUAAUUAACUUAAUUUUAAUUUAAUGAUAUUUACUCCUUUUUAUUGCACCUCUGAAGAGUAACACACACUUAUACAGUGGAUUGUGGUUGAGUGGAUUUUUCUAAUUUUUUAGCACAGUUUGAUGAUUCCGGUUCAACCCCAAACAUGAUUUAUCAUCAUCGAAUUUAUUUUCAGUAUUUUUUAGAAGCGGACUCCAAAAAAGAAUUCGGGCUUUCUAAACUAAGCGAUGCCGAUCCUGAGAAAUCCCGAAUAUUCUGCCUUAACCAAAGAAUCUGGCCCCGCCCAAAGAAUUUAGCUCAAAAACGAAAUUUGAAAUCAUUUUUUUCUUAUCUGAAUUAUUUUCCAGUUAGAGUUGAACUG